CCAUGUGGGCCGAAGACGGAAAAAUCCUGCAAUUCAGGGUACAAUGAAAUGUUUAUAAAUUGUGAGUCUCGUGUGUGUCGUGAUCAUUUCCGAGAAGGAUGCUACUGCCCUAAUGGCACCACCCUCCUUGACACUACUUCGGAUGUAUGCACAAAGUUCUGUGGUUGUAUAGGUUCUGAUGGACAGCCCAAGCAGCCAGGGGAUAAAUGGCGAUCAGAAUGUAAAGAAUGUACAUGCAGUAAAAAUUCCAUGGGUCCAUUGUGUGAACCAGUUCAAUGUCCAAACCCAGAGCCCUGUACAAAAGCAGGCUAUGAGCUUGAGAUUGUGGACUGCUGUCCAAAGUGUGUGUGCAAACCUAGGUUGUGUCCUACACACAUGAUAAAAUGCCCAGUUGGAUUUGAGAUAGUACAAAACAGGACAGAUAAUGACUGUUGCAUAACAUUCUACUGUGAACCCAAGAAUGUGUGUGUCUUCCAUGAAAAUGUCUAUUUGCCUGGUGAGAAAGUUCCAACAGGAUCCUGUGAAGACUGUGUUUGUGGUUUAACUGUGAACUCAAGCAGUAAACUUCUUAAAACAGAAUGCACUCCUAUGGCCUGCAACACAACCUGCCCUAUGGGCUUUUCCUAUCAAGCUGUACCUGGGAAGUGCUGUGGAAAUUGUGUACAAAAACAGUGUGUAUACGAAGACCCAGAUCAAUCCAAUAGAAUAACCACAGCUGAGGUUGGACAAAACUGGACUCAUCCAAGUAAACCAUGUGUGACUUUCAACUGCACUAAAGUCAACAAUGUGUUUGUCUUGGUGAAGAUACCACCUUCAUGUCCUGAGUAUAAUCCACAAGACUGCGGUCCUGGCACAGAAAAAAUGACAUCGGAUGGAUGUUGUAAAACAUGUCAGCUACAUCAGUUCUUUUGCAAUCUGCAAAAGAACAUCACUUACUUAAAGGUUAAUGACUGUACAUCCAUUCAGCCUGUGGAGAUAGCCUCCUGCUCUGGAUCCUGUGACACCAAAUCAAUAUAUUCAAUGGCAGCGAACACCAUGACACACCACUGCACCUGCUGUAAGGAGCUUCGAACCAGCAGCAAGCAAGUGCAGCUACGCUGUGCAAAAAACACCCUGAAACCAUACACUUACACUUAUGUUGAGGAGUGUGGCUGCCAUGUCACUAAUUGCACAGACUAAAAUGAAUCUUACUAACAUAUAUUUUUUAAAAUUAAUUAAUUGAUUGAAAAUGAGCCUACUAAGGCAGAUAUUCACCUAUGUGUGCAUAUUAGUUCAACUGAAUUCAUGCUAUCAUUACAUUUUAUAGAAUUGAAAUAGAGCAUGAAAAAUCAAAUAUCAAAUACAAAUAUAUUGCAUGAGAACAGGCUCCUGUGUUUUGUCACACAACUGAGCAUAUAACAGAAUAUAUAAACCCUUUCCUUUCUUGCAUGCUUUGUUUUUCUCUGGUGUUGAUGGUUGUGUAUUCUUCUUUAAUUGAUGGCAGUAAUUAAAAUAAUAAUGAAAAAAUAAUAAUAAAUAAAAUUGCAUGG